AUGGGCCAUAACAAUCGUAUUAUACAAAUCAUUGAUUUCAUUUCGGGCAGGUGGUGUUCUUAUGGCCUCGGCAGCCCGGCCCCACCGGGAGGGAUGAACGAUCGGCUGAGGGGUUCAGCAACUUAAGCUCCAGCGACCUUAAUAGUAAGUAGGUACUUGAGAUUCGAAGCCACCAGUACUCUUCUUUCUUCGUGAUUUGAUAUCGCAUCCAGCCAACCUUCAAUCUUGUUUUUCGGAAUUGCUAAGAUGGUUCAAGUCUCAUCCAUCGGCCUCCUGCUUGGCCUAGUUGCGAGUCAGAUCAUUUCCGCUCGUGCGCAGUCUCUCCCGAAGCAACUCGCCGUAGUCCGUCGUCGCUCUGGUCUCACGCACAAAGAGUAUCUGUACUACCAUACACUAGUUCACGGGCAGAAGUCAUGGAACGCACCUCGAGACGACUCCUUCCCGGCAGCCUACAUUCAAAGCCAUGUCUUUGACGGGGUCUUCGGUGCCAACAAUAGCGUAGCAAACCAAGUCUACGUCGGCCGCGACGACAUCGCAGAGCUUUACAGCAGCUCCCCAACGUCCUUCUUGGGCCCACCCUCCACGAACUACACCGAGACGGUGAUCGGUCCUGAUGGAGCCAACUUCAACGACUUUCCGGUUGCCAUGUCAAUGAUCGCGACGGAGACCUUUCUGACCAACAUCACUGUGGGUACCCCGAAACCUCCUGCGAAGCCCGGCAAUGAGCCUCCGGUCGCCUUCUUCUGGGCCAUGGCUACGAAGAAUGCUACGUCGAACGAGACGUUUGCGAGAAAUCUGGCGGAUGCGCUCAUCAAACCCUUGCCCGCCGGAACGAUUUACAACGCCAGUAUCCACGUCCCUAUCCCAGGCGCCGAUGUGAGGCCUUACUUUGGUGGAGCGGACAUGCCGAUCAUCAAUACUGUCAUCAAAUUGUGGCUCAAUGACAGCGGGUCAGCCAUCACACAACUUCGGGCUUCACAAACAAAACUGGAUAGCGCGGCACUCAAUCUGGAUGAGAACCUAUCGUACAUGCUCUUUUCUAGAGAAGUAUUGAUAUGGGACACCAAAGCCGGCAUCGAGUUUGAUAUCCCGCGCCUCGAGGCCGUAUUGAAGGCCGAGAACUAUUGAUCACAGAAGUCGAAGGGUAAUACAUUGGGACCUGAGCUGUUCGGCUUUCAAUGGAGCCUUGUAUUCAUAAAAACCCAAUGAAAUGGACCGCCAUCCUCCCAAAGUCGUCCUCCAGAUACCUCGGGUGGUGAAAGGCCGCUGCGAUGUCGCAUUUUGAAGUGUUGCAUGGGGCCCCACGAUGGUUGGAACCAUUUUGGCUGUUGUCUGAACCAUCUGACCUUAUGUCCCGAGGGUCUCUAUGGUAACCUCUUAAAAAGCCCCGUUACAAAAUGGAGC